AAUAAAAGGAGUCCUAUACUGUAAAAGUGGACCCUACCACAAAACCAUUGGCUUAUGAAAGUAUCAUUAGUUGGCUUAAUGAUACUUCCAUAGCCACCGAGCGCACACAAAAGAUACAACAAGAGAAAUCGACUCAAUUCCGAAGCUUCAAACAUUCUGCAGAAAAUGGCUAUUUUCCAGAAAUUAGAAUCAUUUCUCCCCUGCCUCUGAUACAGUCACAUCUCUCUCAAUUCCGAAGCCCUGCUCGCGCGCGCGCGCGCACACACACAUAUAUAUCAUAUCAUAUGCGUAUGCAUACCCAUGAACUUCAGAACCAAGGGAUUGUUCUCGAUACUGCGUUUCAACCCAACACCAUGUGAGACCUUCUCCAACCACCACCAUCAACAAUGUCGAACCCUAGUCAGGGUUCGUCUCAAAUGGGUCAAGAAUCGAAGCCUAGACCACAUCAUCGACACCCACACCGACCUCAAAGCUGCUUGCCUCCUCAAGGACGCCAUCAAUCGCUCCUCAACCGGUUUUCUCACCUCCAAAUCCAUCAACGACUGGCAAAAACUCCUCGGACUCACCGUCCCAACCCUCCGUUUCAUUCGCCGAUACCCAACUCUAUUCGAAGAGUUUCCUCACCCCAGGUACCCCAGCUUGCCCUGUUUUCGCCUCACAAACAUUGCCAACAAUCUGCACAGUGAAGAACAACGCAUAUUCCAGACCCACGAAGCCGACACGGUCCAACGGCUUUGUCGUGUACUCAUGAUGAUGAAGAACAAGAUGGUACCUUUCCAAUCACUUAACCCUUUGAAAUGGGAUUUGGGUUUGCCUGAUGAUUUCGAUAGAACCCUAAUAAGGAAGUACCCGGAUUGUUUCCGGGUCGUCAAGGGUCCGAAUGGGUUGUGUUUGAAGCUCGAGCAAUGGCGCGAAGAGUUUUCAGUUUCUGAGUUGCAGAAGAGUCAUGAGAAUGCUGAAUUGGGUGGUGGUAGUGGUGGUAGUGGAGGGUAUAGGCAAUUCAAGAGGGGAUACUCAGCAUUGGGAUUUCCAAUGAGUUUUCCAAGGGGUUAUGGGGCGCAGAAUAAGGUGAAGGCCUGGAUGGAGGAGUUUCAGAAGCUGCCAUACAUUUCACCAUAUGAGGACUCUAGGGGAAUUGACCCAAAUAGUGAUCUUAUGGAGAAGAGGGUUGUUGGGGUUCUACAUGAAUUUUUGAGUUUGACUAUUUAUAAGAAGACUAAGAGGAAUUACUUGAGAAGCUUGAGAGAAGAAUUGAAUCUUCCUCACAAGUUUACGCGAAUUUUUACUAGGUACCCUGGGAUAUUCUAUCUUUCAUUGAAGUGUAAGACCACAACUGUGGCAAUAAGAGAAGGGUACCGGCGGGGAAAAUUAACGAACCCUCAUCCACUCUCUUGUUUAAGAGAAAAGUUUUAUCAUGUGAUGAGAACUGGAUUGCUUUAUCGGGGUAAAGGUGUGGGCAUGAUACCUCAGCCAGACAAUUUAGGUAAUGUUGAGGAGGAUGGCACACAACAAGAAGAGCUCGAGGAGGAAGAAUAUGAAAGUGGGGAUGAAUUCUGUGAGGAUGAAGAAGAUUCAGAGGUCGAGGUGGAUUCUGAUGAAGAUUAGAGUUUUGUCCCCCAAAAAAACUAGAAUUGCUGCUUGCAAAAAAAGUGGAAAGAACUUCAGUUCUUGAGGUAGUUCACUAUGUGACUCAAAGGGUCUGAUUGGAAGAUGGUUUAUAAGAACAUGUGAAUAAGUCAGUCGACUACAAAGAGGCUUCAUUUGUUGUCUGAAACAUUUCCGAUGGGGUGCUUUUAGCAUUAUGUGUUUAGGCGACCGCCAUUUAGAGAUCCAAUUCCCUGAUCUUUUCGCAGAGGCUUGGGGGAGGACAUGCAAUGGAGUAUUUGAGGUGCUGAAUGACCGGGAAUUAGAGGUUGCUUCUACCUUGGUUACUUUUCUUGGUAUUGGUGAGCAUCCUUUGAGUUGGAGAAGUAGUUGUGAUUGGAUUUUCUCACUGGAGUUGUUUAAUGUGCUUGGAAAAAUAGUUGCAAGCAGUUGGCCAGCUGAAUAGUUUAUCUAGUAGAUAAUUUAUUGAUGUUGUAUGUGCAAAUUUGAGACAGAAUCCGUUUCUCGUGCCUUUAUUCAUUGCAUGGAUGCUUAAUUUCACAUCUAUUCAUAAGAGCAUAAGAUUUACAGCUUGUUACCAUGUUUUAGCAGGAAAAGUUGGUAACACUAAAUUGUUGAAAA